AUGGGCAGGAAAGUGGCUAAUAACGAUCCGAAUGUCGAUUCCUUCUUACGAAAGGUACAAGAAUUAGAUGCCAAGAAGAAGAAAGAAGACAAUGAACGAGUUCUCAAAUUGGAAGAGGAGGUAGAAUCGAAAAGGUCGAAAGUCGGCGAUUUGGAUGAGCUGAGGAGGUCAAAGUCCAAAUCAAACGGCCCUCCUCAAAGACCUCAAAAGCCAGAUUCGUUGAGAUCAGGGUCAGAAGAAGAGUACAAUGAUAUUCAGCUGAUACAUCCUAUUGCAAGGGAUGAAGAGAAACAAAAGAUGGACUCGGAGGAAGAAGCUGCCCCUCAAUUGCCAAAACGUCCAAAAAAUUCCAUUCUAGAGUUUCCAGAGAAGAACUCAUUUGUAGAUUCUUUGCCCAACUUUAAUAACAGCAAAGCUCCCAAGGUCAUACGAAGUGAGGACGUUUUGAGGAAACCAAAGCGAGAUUUUGUUAUUAACAAAGGUAACCGGAUUGGAAGAGAAGAAGUUACUCAUGACGAUGGAAAAGAUGAAAAUCCUCCUGCAUUACCACUACGGAGGUCAAACGUGACGAUAAAUGAGGGAACAAAAGAGAAGCCAAACGCUGCAUUAAAACUGGGUACUCAGAAAGACAUCAAAACGAAGGAGAAUGCCGAAACUGAAAGGAAACCAUUGAUUCCCUCUAAACCUACAAGUUUGAAGGUUUUGAAGCCAGAAACUACAGUAUCUUUGAAAAUUUCUACUCCUCCUCCUCCGGCCCCCAAACCAAGAAAUCAAAAGAAGGAGCCAGUCAUCGAAGAAAAUAAUGAUGAUUCAGUGGUGGAAAGUUUGAAAAAACUCUCACCAAAGCCAAAGACCCCAGCCAAACCAAGCUCUUUACAAGUGCCCUCAAAGCCAAUAACUACCAAGCCUGCACCUUUGAAACCUACAAAACCCAAAGAUUUGGCGAAAGGCCUUGACUCAAAUCCACCAGAAGCUGUUGUCAAGGCGAAGGAAAUAAAAUCCAAGCCUUUAAUACUUCCGAAGAAGGCUAGUAAGAGUAACUUUAAUCAACCGCAGGAAGAUAUAUUGCAGUCACAAUUGCAGAAACUAAGAGAAUCCAAGUCUAGUGGUAAGAAUCAUAAUUUCAACGCAGCUCAAGAAACAAUAUUUAACGCUCAAUUGAAUGGACUGAGGUCCAGAAAACCAGACCAGAACCAAUCUAAGGGAUUGUUACCAAAAAGAUCAGAAACAUUCUCAUCUAAGCCUGUUCCUAUUCCAUUUAUGGUAGAUCCAUCGUCCAGCAAGGUGCUAGAGAAAUCCUUGACAAAAUCCCGAACCAUUGAUGGAUCCGACGUAGGAUUAUCACAAGAACAUCAUCAGAGUCUGUCCCAUCCAAACAUGACUCGAGCCAAAGGCCCCAAAAGGAGACUUCCUAAGACGCUCAGCAACCCAGAAGCAAUCAAACAACCACAACCUACAUCCUCUACUACCAGCUUGGGCAAGAAAGUGCCUCCUCCCAAGCCAUCCAAGAAGAGAAUUGUCUCCAACAGUGAACUAUUCCUAUAG